GCCUGAUGCCGCUUCACUUGCUGGCGCUCCGCGUGCCGCCGAGCAGAUAACGGGGGAGGGGAGCCGGCCGCGGGCUCGGAUUUCCGCGCCGGCGCCGGACGAUGGCAGCGCGACCGCGCAGGUCGGGUCCAGACGCCGCGGCCGAUGCUGCUACCAGCUUUCUGAGGGCAGCGAGAUCAGGUAACUUGGACAAAGCUUUGGACCACCUGCGGAAUGGGGUGGACAUUAACACCUGUAACCAGAAUGGGCUGAAUGGCUUGCAUCUGGCCUCUAAAGAAGGCCACGUGAAGAUGGUGGUCGAACUUCUGCACAAAGAGAUCAUUCUGGAAACCACAACCAAGAAGGGGAACACGGCGCUGCACAUCGCCGCCCUGGCAGGUCAGGACCAGGUGGUGCGGGAGCUCGUCAACUAUGGCGCCAACGUCAACGCCCAGUCACAGAAAGGCUUUACACCCCUGUACAUGGCAGCACAAGAGAAUCACUUGGAGGUGGUUAAGUUUUUGCUGGAAAACGGAGCUAAUCAGAAUGUAGCCACAGAAGACGGCUUCACCCCUCUGGCCGUGGCCCUGCAGCAGGGCCACGAGAACGUGGUGGCGCUCCUCAUCAACUACGGGACGAAGGGCAAGGUGCGCCUUCCGGCGCUGCACAUCGCGGCCCGCAACGAUGACACGCGGACGGCCGCGGUGCUGCUGCAGAACGACCCCAACCCCGACGUGCUCUCCAAGACGGGAUUCACCCCCCUCCACAUCGCAGCUCAUUACGAGAACCUCAACGUGGCCCAGCUGCUUCUCAACCGGGGAGCCAGUGUCAACUUCACGCCCCAGAACGGCAUCACGCCGCUGCACAUCGCUUCCCGGAGGGGGAACGUGAUCAUGGUGCGGCUUCUGCUGGACCGCGGGGCCCAGAUAGAAACGAGGACCAAGGAUGAACUGACACCUCUCCACUGUGCAGCUCGGAAUGGGCACCUGAGAAUCUCAGAGAUCCUGCUGGACCACGGGGCGCCCAUCCAAGCCAAAACCAAGAACGGCUUGUCUCCGAUCCACAUGGCGGCUCAGGGAGACCACCUUGACUGUGUCCGACUCCUAUUGCAAUACAAUGCAGAGAUAGACGACAUCACGCUGGACCACCUGACCCCGCUCCACGUGGCCGCCCACUGCGGCCACCACAGGGUGGCCAAGGUCCUUUUGGAUAAAGGGGCCAAACCGAACUCCAGAGCCCUGAAUGGCUUUACCCCCUUACACAUCGCCUGCAAGAAGAACCAUAUCCGCGUCAUGGAGUUGCUGCUGAAGACGGGCGCCUCCAUCGAUGCUGUCACUGAGUCCGGCCUGACACCUCUCCACGUGGCCUCCUUCAUGGGGCACCUGCCCAUCGUGAAGAGCCUCCUGCAGCGGGAAGCAUCGCCCAACGUCUCCAAUGUGAAAGUGGAGACCCCGCUACACAUGGCGGCCAGAGCAGGGCACACGGAAGUGGCCAAAUAUUUGCUCCAGAACAAAGCCAAAGUCAAUGCCAAGGCCAAGGAUGACCAGACCCCACUUCACUGUGCAGCCCGCAUUGGCCACACAACCAUGGUGAAGCUCCUGCUAGAAAAUAACGCCAACCCCAACCUGGCGACCACGGCCGGGCACACCCCCCUGCACAUCGCAGCCCGAGAGGGCCACGUGGAAACGGCCCUGGCCCUUCUGGAAAAGGAGGCGUCCCAGGCGUGCAUGACCAAGAAAGGAUUUACCCCUCUCCACGUGGCGGCCAAGUACGGGAAGGUGCGCGUGGCACAGCUGCUGCUGGAGCAUGACGCGCACCCAGACGCCGCCGGGAAGAACGGCCUGACGCCCCUGCACGUCGCCGUGCACCACAACCACCUGGACAUCGUCAAGCUGCUGCUGCCCCGGGGCGGCUCCCCACACAGCCUGGCCUGGAAUGGCUACACCCCUCUGCACAUCGCUGCCAAGCAGAACCAGAUGGAAGUGGCCCGCAACCUGCUGCAGUACGGGGGCUCGGCGAACGCAGAGUCCGUGCAAGGCGUGACCCCCCUCCACCUGGCGGCCCAGGAGGGCCACGCGGACAUGGUGGCUCUCCUGCUCUCCAAACAGGCCAACGGCAACCUGGGCAACAAGAGUGGACUCACCGCCCUUCAUCUGGCCGCACAAGAAGGUCACGUUCCAGUGGCAGACGUGCUCAUCAAACAUGGUGUCACGGUGGACGCCACCACCCGGAUGGGUUACACUCCACUCCACGUGGCCAGCCAUUACGGGAAUAUCAAGCUGGUGAAGUUCCUGCUACAGCACCAGGCAGACGUCAAUGCCAAGACUAAGCUCGGGUACAGUCCCCUGCACCAGGCAGCUCAACAAGGCCAUACAGACAUCGUGACACUGCUUCUCAAAAAUGGUGCUUCCCCAAACGAGGUCAGCUCGAAUGGAACCACACCUCUGGCCAUAGCUAAGCGCUUGGGCUACAUUUCUGUAACAGACGUGCUCAAGGUUGUCACCGAUGAAACCAGUGUCGCGUUGGUCAGCGACAAGCACCGGAUGAGCUUCCCCGAGACGGUGGAUGAGAUCCUGGACGUCUCUGAAGAUGAAGGAACUGCUCAUAUAACUAUAAUGGGGGAAGAACUUGUUGGCUUCAAGGCUGAAAAGCAGGAUUUCAGGGAUACAGAUGAAGAGAAAGAGCUGCUGGAUUUUGUGCCGAAGCUGGACCAAGUGGUGGAGUCCCCAGCCAUCCCUCGGAUUCCCUGCGUCACGCCUGAGACAGUGAUGAUCAGAUCUGAAGAGCCAGAACAGGCAUCUAAGGAGUAUGAUGAAGACUCACUGGUCCCCAGCAGCCCGGCCACAGAGACCUCAGACAACAUCAGCCCAGUGGCCAGCCCUGUGCACACAGGGUUCCUGGUGAGCUUCAUGGUGGACGCCCGCGGGGGCUCCAUGCGGGGCAGCAGGCACAACGGCCUGAGGGUGGUGGUCCCGCCCCGGACGUGCGCGGCACCCACUCGCAUCACCUGCCGCCUGGUGAAGCCCCAGAAGCUGCCCACGCCGCCCCCGCUGGCCGAGGAGGAGGGCCUGGCCAGCAGGGUCAUUGCCCUGGGCCCCACGGGAGUCCAGUUCCUGAGCCCCGUCAUCGUGGAGGUCCCCCACUUCGCCUCCCAAGGCCGUGGGGACCGCGAGCUCGUGGUGCUGCGGAGUGAAAACGGCUCCGUGUGGAAAGAACACAAGAACCGCUACGGAGAAAGCUACCUGGAUCAGCUCCUCAACGGGAUGGACGAAGAGCUGGGGAGCCUGGAGGAGCUGGAGAAGAAGAGGAUCUGCCGCAUCGUUACCACUGACUUCCCCUUGUACUUCGUGAUCAUGUCAAGGCUGUACCAGGACUAUGACACCAUCGGCCCCGAGGGGGGCUCCCUGAAAAGCAAGCUCGUCCCCCUGGUGCAGGCCACCUUCCCAGAAAAUGCCGUCACCAAGAAAGUGAAGCUGGCCCUGCAGGCCCAGCCUGUACCCGAUGAGCUGGUCACCAAACUCCUGGGCAACCAGGCCACGUUCAGCCCCAUUGUCACCGUGGAGCCGAGGCGCCGCAAGUUCCACCGCCCCAUCGGGCUUCGGAUCCCACUGCCUCCCUCCUGGACGGAUAACCCGCGGGACAGCGGGGAGGGAGACACCACCAGCCUGCGGCUGCUCUGCAGCGUCAUUGGAGGGACAGACCAGGCCCAGUGGGAAGACAUCACGGGGACCACCAAGCUCGUGUACGCCAACGAGUGCGCCGCCUUCACCACCAACGUCUCUGCCAGGUUUUGGCUGUCGGACUGUCCUCGGACGGCUGAAGCUGUGAACUUCGCCACCCUGCUGUACAAGGAGCUCACCGCGGUGCCCUACAUGGCCAAGUUUGUCAUUUUCGCCAAGAUGAACGACCCCCGAGAGGGGCGACUGCGCUGCUACUGCAUGACGACGGAUGACAAGGUGGACAAGACGCUGGAACAGCAUGAGAACUUCGUGGAGGUGGCCCGGAGCAGGGACAUAGAGGUUUUGGAAGGAAUGCCUCUCUUCGCGGAGCUCUCCGGGAACCUGGUGCCCAUCAGGAAGGCCGCCCAGCAGCGGAGUUUCCUCUUCCAGUCUUUCCGGGAGAGCCGCUUGGCCAUUCCUGUCAAGGUGAGGGACAGCAGUCGCGAUCCAGCAGGGUCCUUGUCAUUCCUGCGCAAGGCGAUGAAGUAUGAGGACACGCAGCACAUCCUCUGCCACCUAAACAUCACCAUGCCACCCUGCACCAAGGGCAGUGGAGCCGAUGACCGGCGGAGGACCCUGACGCCGCUGGCCCUGAGAUACAGCGUCCUCAGCGAGUCCACAUUGGGUCUCCUCAGCGGCGCAGACCGGGCUGACAUGAAGAUGGCUAUUAUAUCAGAGCACCUGGGCCUCAGCUGGGCCGAGCUGGCCCGCGAGCUGCAGUUCAGCGUGGAUGACAUCAACAGGAUCCGCGUGGAGAACCCCAACUCCUUGCUGGAGCAGAGCGUGGCCUUGUUGAACCUCUGGGUCAUCCGUGAAGGCCAAGAUGCAAAGAUGGAGAACCUGUACGCGGCUCUGCGGAACAUCGACCGCGGCGAGAUCGUGAACAUGCUGGAGGGCUCGGGCAGGCAGGGCCGCAACCUGAAGCCCGACCGCCGGCCCGCGGACCGGGACUACUCGUCGUCCCCCUCCCAGAUGAAUGACGUCACGCUCUGAAUGCUUCUGUGCUUCCUGGCUGCUCUGUCGUCUGUCAGCCCUUCUGAACCCCCUCGUCCAGCAGGUGUCCCGGCCGACGCAGGCCGUGUGCCCUUUGUGCAUGCUCCCCCAGGCCGGAGCAGACACUCAGAAACAGACGCCCGCUCGGUCCAUCCUGCCUUUCUGGGCACCAGAGCUGGCUUCUGUGUACUUUUCCUGCCUCCUUCCCAGUCCCAGGAAGACCAUCCCACUUCUGGGCGCCCUUCUGGCCAGGAGAGAAGGCGCAGGAGGGAUCAGAGGUGGAAGGACAGGGGGACAGCAGCCUCCUGCGCUUCCUCUGGCUUCCUGUCCCGGGCCAGCCCGGGCCUCUGCGCCGAUGGCCACGGCGGUACCUUGCCUCCUCUGUGCUUUACCUCGUUCUCUGCUCGUCUCAGCCUCCCUGUGGGCACUCGGGGCAGUGACUGGUUGCUCUGUGGUGUCAGGAAGAUAGGAACCUGAGGUCUCUUGUCCUUCCUUCCUGGCUUUUCUUGCUGUGUCUGCCUGGACUGGCCAAAGCAGAAAGGGCUUUAAGUCAAAAAGCCAGUUUGCUUCUCUUGCACAGGAGGGAACUACCCCAGGCCCUUGGAAUAAACAUGAAAAAAAAAAAAAUUGCCCGUGGAGCGAAAAAAAAGCAUGUUCCUAAAAAUAAAACAGAUUUCUCAUGUAAAAGGAAAAAAAUGGACAUCUCACAUCCUGUUUGGUCAACUCCAUUUGGUUUGAUGAGUUGGAUACAAUGUCUACUUGGAAAUACAGUAUGUCUCAUUUCUGCGGACUCUUAGUGAACACAGCUAGUGAAGCGCGGCUCCUGCCUGAGUUAGGAUUGGCUGGCCACCCUUGUCUGGUUUGCCACUGACAUCAAACUAGUGGGGGCAGCGUUAGGCCUAGGUUAGCAGAGACCCAGUGUGACAGCCCAGAUGAGGGGAGGCUCGGGGGGGCGGGCCACUGCUGGACGGCUCUGCUCCAGAGCUGUGUGUUUGGCUGCCUGUUACCUGAUUUCUCCAAAAGGCAACCCCAGAGGGGAGAGCUCUAGACUGAGGGAUGGGCUGGUGACCCAGGUGUGGCAGGGCCACGUGAGACUGCCAGAGAGACAGGCACUUCUGGAGCUCAACCCAGGGGACUCAGCAGAACUUCCUGUGCUGUGGUCCACCCCAGGCGGUGUGAGAUGGUCCUCGCUGAGCACGGCCCCUAUCAGUAGUAAUGCCCACUCCACUGGGUAUGGACGCCUGCAGCCCCAGAUCCACGCUUGCGGGGCUGAGAGUGGGGUCAGCGGGGUCUUCUGGAGACUGAGAGGGAGCAGGGGCAUAGCCCCUAAACACUGCGACCGGGGAGGGGCUCCAGGACAAAACACAAGGCAGAAAGAAGUCCUGGGGGAGGCUUGCACAAGUUCUCUUCAUGGACACAUUUUGGCUUGGGUGAAAUUCCAUUCACAUGAAUCCCAGGAAGUUUCAAGGUGGAAAAGUCACCAAGAAUGAGCCUCGGGUGGUCUGUGACCAGCGGAGUUACCCUCUCCCAGCCUUUGUCAAGUCUUACUGAGAUUCCCAGGAGUGAACAUGUUUAUCCGGCCGUGUCUGAGGGGCUGUCUGAGAUGCAUUCCACUUCUGGCCAAGAUGAGGCAACAGGGACUGAAUAUACGCGCCUGCUUGAAACAAGCAAAAAAUGGACAAAUUAUAUGAAACAACGGUUUUCGAGACAUUGGACAUCAGGCAGCAAAGGACAGUGAUCUAUGAGACAUGGAAAAUAAAUGAGGUGAAUCCUACAGUUGCCUAGAUCACCGCCUCGAAAGAGUUUCUAAGUCAUGGCAGAAGGAAGAGAAAUCCAAGAAGACUCCCUGGUUAAGGAGAAGUCGCUGGGAGUCCAAGGAGACCAGGGCAGCUAGAGUUCCCUAGAGAGACAGCUGCACAGAGAGAGAGCUCUGGAGACCUCCAGAAGGUCCCCUGCGAGUUUUGGUUGAAUAUUAAUCAUCUAUUCCCAACAGUCAGACUGAUUGUUUACAGACACUGCAUAGGGAACACAGAAUGGUCCUGUCUCAGAAAUGGAGAGUGAUUAGCCCUCGGUUGGUCAAUGCUCCUACCUAAUAAACCUUGAAAGCAAAACUCAAAAGGAUCAAACUGUUUCCAAGGAACUCAACUACAUAACAGAACAAAGUUCAAGAACUGUUACAGGAAUACAAAAAUACCCAGCACCCAACUAGAUAAAAGUCACAACAUCCAAUUAAAGAUUACCAGACACACAUAACAAAGAGGCAGGGAAACACAACCCAUAAUAAGGAGAAAAAUCAAUCAACUGAAACUGAUGCAGAUAUUAGAAUUAGCAGACAAGAAUGGUAAAACAGUUAUAACUGUUUCAGAUGUUUAAAAAGUCAAGUAGAGACUUGGAAGAGUUUUUUUUUUUUGACUGCAUGGGGUGUUCGUUGCUGCGUGCAGGCUUUCUCUAGUUGCAGCGAGCGGGGGCUACUCUGUUGUGGUGCGCAGGCUUCUCAUUGUGGUGGCUUCUCCUGUUGUGGAGCACGGGGUCUAGGCUUGCGGGCUUCAGUAGUCGUGACACGUGGGCUCCGUAGUUGUGGCUCAUGGGCUCUAGAGCGCAAGCUCUGUAGUUGUGGCACACGGGCUUAGUUGCUCCAUGGCAUGUGGGAUCUUCCUGGACCAGGGCUCGAACCUGUGUCCCCUGCAUUGGCAGGUGGAUUCUUAACCACUGUGCCACCAGGGAAGCCCUGGAAGAUAUUUUUUAAAGACCCAAAUCAAUCUCCUAGAGAUGAAACUAUAAGGUAUAGGAUGAAUGAAGUACACUGAAUGGGAUUAGACAUUACAGAAGAAGGGAAGUUGGCGACAUAGCAAUAGAAACUCCAAAAUGAAACACAGGAAGAAAAAAAAAAGCAUCAGUGAGCUGUGGGGAAAUCAAGUGACCUAAUAUUUGUGAAAUUAGAGUCUCCAGCAGAGAAGGGGGCUGAAAAUGUAUUUGAAGAAUUAAUGGCCCAGAAUUUUCCAAUUUGACAAAAACUAAACACACAGAUCCAAGAAGUUCAGUUAACCGCAUGAAACAUGGAAACUACUAUGCCAAGGCACAUUUUAAACAAAUUGGUCAGAACGGGUGACAGAGAAAGGUUUAAAAGUAGCCAGAGGAAAAAAGCAAGACCCGUUACAUACAAGGUGAUAAAGAUAAGGAUUACAUAAGAUUUCUCAUAGGAACAAUGGAAGUAAGACAGUGGAACAAUAUCUUUAAAGUAGAACACAUCUUGAAAGAAACACAUCUCUAAAGUAACGUAGGGGCUUCCCUGGUGGCGCAGUGGUUGAGAGUCCGCCUGCUGAUGCAGGGGACACGAGUUCGUGCCCCAGUCCGGGAA